ACUCUAUUGAUUCCUUUCUAUCUAUGAUCAAACAGGUCGUGCAAACGUGGUCUGGUUAGUUCACAUCUAAUGCAUAAAAAAUAAUACGAAGAAUACAAAAUGUCGUUAUCAACGGCGCGACCACUCAUUACGGUGUAUACUGACAAGAAUGAAGCAUCAGGUGAUGUGAUUUCCCUGCCAUCUGUCUUCAAGGCACCGAUACGACCUGAUAUUGUAAAUGUCGUUCAUCAAUUAAUUUCUACUAAUAGAAGACAACCUUAUUGUGUUUCUAAAGAAGCUGGUCAUCAAACUUCGGCGGAAUCAUGGGGUACCGGACGUGCUGUGGCUCGUAUACCUCGUGUACGUGGUGGUGGUACUCAUCGUUCUGGUCAAGGUGCCUUCGGUAAUAUGUGCCGUGGUGGACGUAUGUUUGCACCUACCAAGUCAUGGCGACGCUGGCAUCAUCGUGUCAACGUUAACCAGAAACGUUACGCUCUUGUUUCUGCCAUUGCUGCUUCUGGUGUCCCUGCACUUGUGCAGUCUAAAGGACAUUUAAUUCAGGAAGUUCCGGAAUUUCCGCUGGUCGUUUCCAAUAAAAUCCAAGAAUACACGAAAACUAAACAGGCUGUUAUUUUCUUGAGACGCAUCAAGGCCUGGAAUGAUAUCCAAAAAGUAUACAAGUCUCAACGUUUUCGUGCUGGUAAAGGUAAAAUGCGUAAUCGCCGACGUAUUCAGCGACGUGGACCUUUGAUUGUAUAUGGUCAUGAUCAAGGCAUUCGUAAAGCAUUUCGCAACAUCCCUGGCGUCUCUCUGAUGAAUAUCAAUAAAAUGAAUUUACUGAAAUUGGCACCCGGCGGUCAUGUCGGACGUUUCGUAAUAUGGACAAAGUCUGCUUUUGAACAAUUGGACGCUCUUUAUGGAACCUGGCGUAAAGAGUCUCAACUAAAAAAGGGGUAUAAUUUGCCAUUCCCUAAAAUGGCUAAUACGGAUCUGUCCAGACUCUUAAAGUCUGAGGAAAUCCGUAAGGUCUUGAGAGCUCCAAGGAAGAAAGUGGUACGUAGAGUGAAAAAAUUGAACCCCUUGACCAAUACGCGGGCUAUGUUGCGUCUCAAUCCCUAUGCUGCGGUCUUGAAACGUGCUGCUGUUCUCACUGCACAGAAGCGCCAACGCGAGAAAGAUGUUCUUCUUGCUGAAAAACGAGGUGUAAAAUUGCCGAAGAAAACAUCAAAAGCCAUCGGUCUUCUGGCAAGGAGGAAAGAGCAAUUGACUAAAUAUAAGAAGACUACAAAGAAAACUAUGGUGCAAACUAAAGCUGAAAAGGAUACUGGAAAAACUGCUUCCAAGCAGCAAGCUAAAAAGUAAACAAGCAUUAAUAUCAUCAACAUUAUUGUUUACUCAUAAUUUUUAUCUCUGUCUUUAAAUAAAAGAUGGAAAUAAUUUUCAAGUA